GAUAAACAAUCUUGACGUGCCUUUUUAAUAAAAAAACGUUUAAAAAAAUAGUCUUCUUGGUGUGCCAUCAUCUCACGUCGGCGCCCAUCUCUCGGAAUUUACUUAUAUAUAGGUACUUAUGAAACCAAAUUAAUGUAAAUGAUAAUAAAAUAUAUAUAAGUAAAUGUUUCGACGACCGGUCUGGCCUAGUGGGUAGUGACCCUGCCUACGAAGCUGAUGGUCCCGGGUUCAAAUCCUGGUAAGGGCAUUUAUUCGUGUGAUGAGCAUGGAUAUUUGUUCCUGAGUCAUGGGUGUUUUCUAUGUAUUUAAGUAUUUAUAAAUAUUUAUAUAUUAUAUAUAUCGUUGUCUAAGUACCCUCAACGCAAGCCUUAUUGAGCUUACUGUGGGACUUAGUCAAUUUGUGUAAUAAUGUCCUAUAAUAUUUAUUUAUUUAUUAUUUAUUUAUUUAUUUACAUAAUGGAUAUAUACCGAGGUGUUACUAUAAUUAGGUUAAAUCUAAAAUAGGCCCUUGAGGCAUUGUGCAAUCAAGGUAAUAAAUAUCGAUACGGACAAAGUAACAAAAAUAUGUACACACUACCUUAAUGUAUUGGCAUUAAGGUCGCGUAUUGAAUGUAGUUUUAAGUUGCCGCUGUUGCCCAUAAAGUCGUGCAUACAUAUUUUUGGCACUUUGUCCGUAUCGAUAUUUAACACAUUCACUGCAGGGGACCCACCUGGUGGGCGCUCGUGAACUUUGUUCAGAUGCCGGACAACCCGCUGGGCGGGUUGUUUUGUACGCAGCUAUAGACCACCGGUUUCUGGGGUAGUGCGCCGUUUUUUGUCUGGCAGUGAAUGUGUUGACUUUACCAAGGAUGCUGGCGGCGUUUCCAUCUGCAUAUAAAUUGUUACAUACUUCAUGUAAAUUAUUUUUCAAGUUUUUUUUUAUAGACACGUCAGGAUUGUUUACUUUCAAUGCUAAAAGACGGGGUGACGUGUAUGCGCCCGCGCCGCCCCCCACCUCAGUAAUAAACUAGCUUCGCUAUAUACCGGUCGUUGGUCAUUUCGCUCCCCAAGUACUUCCCACUGGCGACGAACGGACGUUACCUUGCGCGUGUGUGUGGUUAUUAUUUAAAAAAUCUGUUUUUAAAUCAUGUCAAAUCUCCUCGGAAGUUUAACCGCGUUUGACCACAAUUCCCAGGAAUGGGAGAUUUUUAAAAGCAGAUUAGUGCAAUAUAUUAAGUUAAAUGCGGUAACGGCGGACAAUGAGUGUGCUUUACUUUUAACUCAUUUAAGUGACGAGACAUACCGACUGGUAAGGAACUUAGUGCAUCCGAAGAAAGUCGAGGAUUCUAAGUUCGAGGAGCUAGUAGCGGUGUUAGAUAAACAAUUAGCACCAAAACGUUGUAUUUUCGUCGAACGGGCGAAAUUUUACGAGGCGACGCGUGACGUUGCAGAAAACAUCGAACAAUGGGCGGCUCGAAUAAGUGGACUUGCUGUACGCUGCGAGUUUGGAGCCCCCUUGGAUGAGCUGCUUAGGGACAGAUUCGUGCUGGGGCUGAGCGUAGGCCCAGAGCGCGACCGGCUGUUCGAGCAGGAUGCUGCCACGUUAACGUUCGCGAAGGCCGUGGAAGUGGCCCAGAAGGCGGCGUAUGCUAGGAGCGCACGUACUACGUCUGUUCCUGCUGCCGUCGUGCAAGUCAAGCAGGAGCCGGUGUACCGGGUGGGUACAAGUCGCCCUGGUACCGGGGGGUCCUCCGACUCUCGACGCUGCUCCGUCUGCGGGCUUAAGAGCCACGACGCAAGUAAAUGUAAAUACAAGAACUACCGCUGCCAGGGAUGUGGACAAAAGGGGCAUCUAAAAAAGGUGUGCAACGCUGAGAAGGCGAAACAGUGUCGUGUUAACUGCAUUCAAGCUGACCUUGAGGGAUCAGCUGAGGCUUCUCAGAGUGCUGAAGGUUGCAAGGAGUGCGAGCUAUUUAAUUUAAGGUACGUUAAUUAUGCACCAAUAUUAUUGGAUGUAGAUCUUAACGGUAAAAAGUUAACAAUGGAACUUGAUUGCGGUUCAGGCGCGAGUGUGAUAAGUGACAAAUUAUAUUAUAAAACGUUUUCGGACACUAAAUUAAAAAAAUGCGAUUUAAAAAUGUGUUUCUACAAUGGUCAUCAAGUCACGCCACUGGGCUAUUUCACUACAAAAAUAACAUAUUUUAAACAAACGCAUGACAUAGAUAUUUAUGUUAUGGAGAUGGUAGUCGUUUAG